AUGGCCGACGAGGACGUUUCCUUCCCGGCAACGCACAUCCAUGAGCCAACAGCGGAUCACACUCACACUGCCAUCAUGCUGCACGGACGGGGUAGCAAUGGACCCGAAUUUGCCCAGGAGUUUUUUUCAAUGAAGCUCUCAGGGUCUCACCAAAGUCUCGCAUCACGUUUCCCAGGCUGGCGUUGGUUGUUCCCGUCUGCAGGCAAAAUCUGGAACACGACCUUUGAAGAAGAAGAACCCGCGUGGUUCGACAUAGCCUCAUUGACGGACAUUACGAGAAGACAAGACCUGCAGAUGGACGGGAUUGCCAAAUCAGUACACCACAUACUGGAAAUCCUAGAGGAGGAGGUCGAACGUCUCGAGUGUGACGAGACGAAGGUGGUCCUCGGCGGCAUCAGCAUGGGGUCGGUUAUAGGGCUCUGGACACUCCUGUGCCAGAACCGACCGUCAGUGAGGUUGGGAGCGUUCGUCGGCGCAAGUGGCUGGCUCCCACUCGCUGCGGAGAUUGAAGAGUGGUUUCCGAAAGAGGAGUCCGACCCGACAGAGUCAACGUCAACAUCCGGUUCAGAAGAGUCGGAGGCCCUGGCCUUCGUCAAAAGCAUGAUCGGCGGCAGGAAUAAUCAAAACCAUGAACAUCAUAGUCUCAGUACGCUGCUACGCACUCCUGUGUUCUUGGGACAUGGUACCGACGAUGCCUAUGUCGACGUAUCGUUGGGCCGUCAGGCCAGGGAUGUUCUUACGAAGCUCGGCUUCACGGUACAGUGGAGGGAGUACGUUGGCGCCGAGCUAGAAGGACACUGGCUGAAAGCGCCAGAAGAGAUGGACGAUAUCGCGGCGGUCCUCGAAGCUGUCGAGAAGAACGGAGGAAGUGGACGCAAUGAUUGA